AUGAUGAUCGCGGGUGUAUCUACCGCACUUGCCAAGAAGCACCGUGCCGCGGUUGGUGAGCAUGCACUCUAUCCAAAAGUCACGACGCUGGAGGUCUCUGGUGAUAUCUUGCACGCUGAGAAGGUGAAGCUCUGCCCGCACCGAGGAAACCUGGGCCAUGAGGGACGAGUAGCAUGCCCCUCCCAGCCGCGAGCUGCUGGGGUUUGGCGUGGAUCUGUGGAGGCUCAGACCCCCGCAGCAGCAGCUGCCAAAGUUGUGCUGCUGCUGCCGGGCCGCGUGGCACUGGAUGCCUGUGGUUCGCUGGCAGACACUGCCCUGUCGUGCUCCUCCCUGCACUUUCUGCCCUCAACGCUCCUGGAGGACGAUGUGCGACAUCGCCGCGCGGUGGCCGCACAGGAGCUCGGUACAGCUGCGGGUGACGAUGUCGCUUGCGGCUGUUGUGAUCGUUCAAACCUGCUUCCAAUGAACCGCCGUGACGUGAAAGUCUUCGUCUUGGCAGGGCAGCUGGGUCAGGUCCUCUCACAUCACGCUGAGCUCUUCCUCCUGGCACGAGGGCAAGGCCACUUCGAGGCCCUACUUUGCUUGGUGCCGCUGGCACACUCCAAUCGCGCCGCGCGCUUUGCCGUUGCGCGGGAGACGCCCCUGGGAGUCUUGAGAGAGGUUUGGCAGGAAACGGCAAUGGUGGAACUACCCAGGCUCUUCCAGCUCUCCGUGCGACAUGGUGGCACAGGACUGGCGCUGCCGGGCAAGGAGGCUUUCUUAGUGCAGGAGGACGACGAGCUCUUGGUGAUCAACGCCUGGCACCGUGAGGAGGCAGACUCCGAAAGCCAGGAUCUGCCAAAGGAUUCUUUGACAUUGGAGCAAUUGCUAUGGGUGGAAACCAUCCGUGCGCUGGCUGAUACUACUCCCUGUGCAGAGGUACCUGUGCCAGCCCUACGCCUGAAGCUGUCGGAUGAAGGAGUGGCCUCAGCUGAGGAUCUACUGGAUGGGCCAGAAAAUGGUGGGGGCGUUCCUCCAGAGGAAGCGCCACGCCUUGCUUCAUUGGCUUUCCUUCGGCAGUAUGCUACCCGAACCGUGCUGCAAGAGGAGUUGCUGCCGCGGCUAUUGCCCAGUGGGGCCGGCACCUUUCGCGUCUUCAGUGCUGAGCUUGUCACCCAUGAAGGCGGAUCUCCUCUCAAAUCGUUGCGGCCGCCAAAACCGCGAAGUCUGGACGAUCUCUUCAGCGAUGCUCCAGACUUUCGCAAGCCCUCAUACUUUGCCUGCGGCGUAGACGACGAGAAUUUUCCGGAAGGCAAAGAAGAAGAUCCUCUGAUGAGGUAUGACCUGACCUCCGUGGUUCUCCUUUGCGAAGUCUCCGGAUUCGUGCUGGGCUUCCACUGCCUUCAGGCCCACGAUCCUUGCUCGGUCUGA